AUGGCGGCUAAAUUUUCAGUCAAAUCCCUUGAUCAUCUGGUUCUUACGGUCCGGUCUAUUCCUAAGACUGUAUCGUUCUAUACCACCCACCUGGGCAUGCGACAUGAAACUUUCUAUUCGCCGAUGAAUCGGGCUGUUCAGAGACAUGCUCUCCUAUUUGGAACUCAAAAAAUCAACCUCCACGAAGCUGGAAAAGAGUUCGAACCAAAGGCCCAAAACAUCAUGCCCGGGAGUGCGGAUCUCUGCUUUUUAAGCGACGAACCAGUGGAGAGAGUCUUGGAAGCUUUCCAGACUGCGAAAAUAGAAGUUUUAGAAGGUGCAAAGGUCGUCGAGAGGACCGGAGCAGUUGGGAAAAUCAGGAGUGUAUAUGUGAGAGAUCCGGAUGGGAAUCUUAUCGAUCGGAAUGCUAACAAGCAGAGGCAGGAGCAUGCCGCAGUGGAACACAUCGAAGAGCAGGGUCCAGGGAAGCCCCGAGGACCAGCCUCUAUAUUUGAUCAUUUGAGUGAUGAGACACAGCGGAUACAAGAGAAGAGGCUCGUUCGUAAGCUGGAUAUGACUCUUAUGCCGACCAUUUGGGUGCUAUAUCUCUUUAACUAUCUGGACCGGAAUAAUAUCGCGUGUGUGAGCCCCAUACCUCUGCUAGAGUCGUUUAUGCCUACUCGUAUGCUAAUGGCGGGAUUCUACAGCCAGGCCAAACUGAAUAGAUUUGAAAAAGACCUCAGCCUCCAUGGUGAGCAAUACAACACCGCCAUAUCAAUCCUCAAUGUCGGUUAUAUGCUUAUGCAACUUCCAAGCAACAUGAUCUUGACCCGCGUGCGACCUUCAUUCUACAUCCCAUUUUGGGUUGGGGUCUGGUCCUGUCUGUCUGCAGCGACGGCAGGAACUCACAACUAUGCUGGACUCAUCGCGAUUCGCUUUUUCCUCGGGACUGCAGAAUCCCCUUUCUUCCCCGGGGUCUUUUAUCUGCUGUCGUGCUGGUAUACCAAGAAGGAACUGGCCCUACGAACAGCCAUCCUCUACUCCGGUCUCGUCCUGGCCACCGCAUUCUCCGGACUACUGGCAGCAGCCGUUUUCUCUGGUCUCGAUGGCGCCCUAGGCCUUGCUGGAUGGAGGUGGCUGUUUAUUAUCGAAGGCGCAGCGAGUUUUGUCGCCGCAAUUGUUUCCUGCUUCUUGAUUCCUGACUUUCCGCACAGUCAGGCUGGCACUACUGCUAGUGGAUGGUUGUUUGACGAAGCCGAGAAGAAGUUGGCGCAUGAGCGGAUCCUUCGAGAUCAAGUGUCAAACCAGGAAUCGGACCAUUCAUUGUGGUUUGGGCUUAAGAGCGCCCUGAGCGAUUAUCGGGUCUUUGUGUUUGCCCUAAUGCUGUGUUCCAACCACACAGCGUACGGAUUCAAUAACUUUUACCCCUCCAUUGUGAAAGGGUUGAACCUGGGCAGUACGACAGUGACCCUUCUCUGCACCGCACCCCCGUACCUCGUCGGCGCGGCGGCCGCCUUCUUCGUGGCCUGGUCGAGCGACCGACACUGCGAGCGUGGGUUUCAUAUCGGGGGCUCGAUGGCGGUGGCGAUUGUCGGGUUUACAAUCAGUGUGUCUGUACUGCAAACCCCGGUGCGAUAUGCCUCCUCGUUCUUAUACAUCUCGGGCUGCUUUGCGGCGAAUUCCAUGGUGUAUUCAUGGGCGGCAUCGGCCGUCAGUCAGACCCCGGAGAAGAGAGCCUGUGCGACGGCCAUUAUUAACCUCAUCGGCCAACUGGGGAAUAUCUGGAGUCCAUAUUUUUUCCAACCCCAGGAAGCGCCGCGCUAUACCCUGGCGAUGGUUCUUAUGAUUGCCUUCAGCGGGGUGAGUAUUCUUACCUGUGUCGUGAUGAAAUGGACGCUGCAACGCGAGAACCGGAAACUUCAGGCUCGGCUCUGUGAACAAGCCUUUUCUCGCAGCGACCUCCUGCGCCGACAUGAAAAACGCGCUCAUAAUCAUCAUUCCCCCCGCGUCAGACGAGGAGAAGGCGACCUGAGACUUCAUGGAGAUGGUUCCCCUCUGGGUAUUAGCAUUGGACAGCCGUGCGACGCGACUACGACCGAACAAAUGGAUGUGUCUUUUGGAUGGUCGGACUACGUGUCGACGUCACAGCAGAUGACUGCGUUCUGGCAACUCGGGGAUCCUGACAGAUCCCUGGAUUUACAGGACUUGGUCCUGCCGGGCGAUUACGAUCAACUCUUGAACUUUGAUCCCGACCCAGUCCCCCUGGAAAUCCAACAAAAUCAUCUCAGCUUGCAGGUUGCAGGGCCUUCUCUCCUCUCCCGACCGGGCUCCCCUCCGAUCCUGGAGGUCCCAACCGAUGGAGCGCAUAGUCCAGAUUCACAUUGGUUCCUAGGAGACCGCCACAGGAUCACGGAAGAACGGUGGUUAUCGAUGCAGACAGAUGUUUCUCAGGCCGGCGUUUACAAGCUGCCCUCUCAUCCCACCCUUUCACAAUUCAUCCGUCGAUACUUCGGAAGUUUUCAUCGCCACCAACCCUUCCUCCACCCUCCGACGUGGUCGCCCAGUACGGCCAAGACGGCCCUUAUUCUGGCGGUAUGUGCCAACGGAGCGGUGUAUAGCCUGGAGCCUGAUAUCGCCGUGGAGCUUCACAAAGCUGCGGUGGCAUGUAUGCAGCGCGACGAAAAAAAGGGCUUGUGGACACUGCAGACUCUCAUGUUGGUUGCGGCGUUUGCCGCUUGGAGUGGCUCUUCAGAUGAUCUCGCAUUUGCCCUUCAGUGCUAUGGCGAGAUGACCAUGGCAGUUCGGAGGGAGUGGUCGCAGAUGCAGGAGGAGCAGGAAGGGUUUUCUUGUUGGGAAAGAUGGCUGGAGAGGGAAUGUUUAAAGAGAAUCACGUUCUGCGUCUUUACAUUGAUGAACUUGAUCACUGUUGCCUACGAUAUUCCCGCCUCGGUACAACUGGAAGGUCGAUUCGGCAUUCCUUGUACUGAGAGCCAGUGGGAUGCGAAAAGCGAGGAAGAGUGGAUACAUCUCCAACAGAAUUCACCCACGAUUGAAUGGCAAUCCGCUGCAGCUGUGAUGGAUCAACUGUUAAACGAGGCCUUACCAGUGCCCCAGCAAGUAUCCAUAUUCGGCUGCCACGUUGUGAUUUCAUCGCUGGUCCAGCGGAUCAUACUGUUCAGGAAGGCCGGUUUAUCAUCUAAGGGGCCCCUCUACGUGGCAGAGGAGCAGAGAAUUCUUCGAGGCCUGCGACGAUGGCAGUUGAUGUGGGAGAGUGCACCCAGGGCGGCACUAUCUCCUAACAGCCCCUAUGGGCCGAUGCUGUUCAACAGCACUGCGCUAUUACGUCUCGCCUACGUUCGUCUGGUGGCCGACUACUCGUGCAUCCGCAGCCAAUUCAGCUGGGGGAAUACCACACCGGCGAUUGAGAAGACGCUCCGUUCCAUGGAGCUGCCUCUUCAGAACCACCAAAGUGCACGGGCUGCGCUCCAUGCGUGUCUGGCCCUAAAGAUCCCUGCGACUCUCGGAUUCAAACUGGUCGCACGCACGAGCUUCUGGGUCUGGAGCGUCCAGCAUGCCAUCUGCUACUUCGAAUGUGCGCUGUUACUGACGAAAUGGCUCGAGAGGAUGGCUCUGGAGCCUACAGGUCUGUCGGACGAGGAGCUGGGAGUGAUCGACCUGGUGCAGCAGGUUACUAGCUGGCCACAUUCCGGUCGGUCUGCAGAGAACCUGCGUGCAAUGGCUGUUGCUGUGCUUCGUACCUGGGGCCAGUUACUCGAUACCAAAAACACCACUGUAUGGGGUCUUAUACCAAAGCUGGCUCAUCUUCUGAAUCUGCAUGCUGAUAACCUUCACCGUGCUUGA